GUGAAUGAUCACUAGAAACUCGUGUUCACACCGCAUGUGGCGCAACGGAGUGAGGAGGCGUAAACAGCAGAGAAUCUCGUAGCGAGGUAAGGUGAGUAAUAAAAACAUUUAAAUAUAAAAGAUCACAGUAUUUGUAUUAUGUUCGACCUUAGCUAAUGUAUCAAACUUAGAAGCGCCAUAAAAUGAAUCUCCGAAAUCAUGUGUUUUCAUGGCGAUAAUGGCUCGCUGAUGUUAGCAUUAGCCUUUCUAACGUUAUUGGGUCCGUCCGUGGCCUAACUGCUACUUCGACUAGGUCGUUAUGCGCGGGAAAUUAGCCCUAUUAAAAUUAUAAUUUUGCCUCAUUAAAAUAUGGCCAAUGAAUGUGUCUAACAAUAUACUAUUGAAACUAAGAAUUUGUGAAUGUGGUUGAUGACUGCAAUUUUUUAAAUGUUGAAUGGCUGCUGCGCGGCCUAGCAAUGCCACAUUCAACAGAGGUGGUGUUUGCAUUUUGCUACAGCCAGAAACUGCUGCAAUCUCAACGUGACAAGGCCAGAAGGCCUCAUGCACUGGUAAUGCUUUUACCGAGGAUAACUACCUUUUUAAUGGAUCUGCAUAGAAAGUACCUCGGUAGAUCAAAUUGUCAGGGAGAAUAAGCCAUAUUUUGCAGUUAACCAGGUUUGUGUUCGCUAGGUAGCUAGCAUUGCUAAUGUUAAUCAACUAGCCAGACGUGACAUGUGUUUCAUUAGCUAACUUACCGACGUUGCUAGCUAGUUUGCUAGCUAUCUACGCUAACAUUGUAGGGUAACGUGUUAGGCCCUUUCAUAGUUUAUACCCGCAUGUCAGCUUGCUCAAGCAGGGGUAGCCAUGACCAAACCACCACGAAAUGUAAAUAAUUUCAGGUGGCAUAUGGAUAAUUCUUUUUGACAUUUUAGAGUAGUAGCCGCUAGCUAGAUACCACCCACUGGGCAAAAACUGGUUGAAUCAACUUUGUUUCCACGUUAUUUCAGCCUAAAACAAAUUGUGAUUAUGUUGAAUCAACGUGAAACUAAGUAGUUUUUAAAAGUCAUGCGCAGGAGGAAAUUGUAUUUUUACCACCCAACUUUUAACCUAAAUCCAAUGACAUCAAAUUUUUUUUUGAAUUCACGUUAGUUGACAAUUGGACCAAAAGUAAAAACAAAACUAGAAGUUGAAAUGAUGUCUGUGGGCAGGGCUGAUAAGGCUAACAGCACAUGGUUGAUUGAGGUGGUCAGUCACUUGAUUGAGUUGGUAACAAGCCAUGGAUGGGCCCAACUUUUAUUGGCCAACCCUGACCUUUGCCUCCAUUGUUGAUUGUAUCAUUUACCAUACCCUUAGAAUUCCUGCCUCUUUGGAAAUGACUAGCCAAAAGUGUGGUUUUAGUUGAAGUCUUUUCUGUUUUCUCUGCAGAUAUGGAGAUGAGCAGCAGCAGUGAGUGCUUCCGAUGUGGCCGUCCUGGGCAUUGGAUCAAAAACUGUCCUGAAGCUGGGAGUGGGGGGCGUGGCCGCGGCAGGGGAAGAGGAAGAGGAAAGGGUACCUUUCUUGGUUUUUGGGACACACCCUCACAUUCUGCACAGUGUGUGAGACUGGCUUGUCAAGCAGAGAUGUAUGAACAAUUCUCAGCAGCUGCCUUAAGUUUGCUGAGCACAAAGGCCUUUUCCUAUGGGGAAUGACCUGUGUUAUUGGCUGCUUUCAGGGUUUUCACAUAGUCCUAUCACUUCGCUACCACUGGGAUAUCAAAACGACAAAGCAUGGUUGUCUUAGUCACAUCUAUUACGUGAUUAUGUUGGUUUAGUUCACAAUCGCAUAGUUCAAUGUCAAACGACAUGGCAGCAAAACGAUACAUGUUCCUCCUCAGUUAGGGUUGCCAGUGUUUUUUCUCUUUCACAGAUGAGUAAAGUAAACCUCUGCGUCACCUUUCCUCUUCUAGAUCUGUUUUGCUAUCGCUGUGGAGAGCAAGGUCACAUUGCCAGGGACUGUGAACAGACCGAGGAUGGUGAGAAUAAUUUUCUUUCCUUUAUUGAAUGCUAAGUACAUGCCAAUGGUUUUGUCAACACAACUCCUGGUUUUCGUAACGUUAAACUUGUAGUUCCAAUAUGGACUUGUUCAGCUUUACAGUGAGCAAUAGUUGUAGCCUUCUUGUGACUGUCACUAUGUACUAGGUCCUACUGUUAUUCAGGAUCUGGGGACACAUGGUAUUUCAGAAUGUUUAUUACAUGUUACAAACAUUGUAUAAAACAAAUUCUUGUUUGAAUAAUGGUAUUUUGAAAGAUAUGUAUUAAUAAUUGAUAGCCAUGCCGUUGUUAAUUGCUUUGAAGUAGUUCUGACAAAAUGCCAUAUUACAUGUUAAUUUUAAGAACAAAUCUUUAACAUACAACUUUUUUCUUUCUCCUCAGCCUGCUACAACUGCCACAGGAGCGGCCAUAUUUCCAGGGACUGCAAGGAGCCCAAAAAGGAGAGGGAGCAGUGCUGCUACAGCUGUGGCAAGGCUGGCCAUGUGGCCCGUGACUGUGACCAUGCCAACGAGCAGAAGUGCUAUUCCUGCGGAGGCUUCGGGCACAUCCAGAAACUUUGCGAUAAAGUCAAAUGUUACAGGUGAGUGGCCACUUAGGACAAAUAUAUUUGUAAAACAAUGUUUGUAAUAAAUACACAUGGUAACUACUCAUACUUGCAUGUUCCCAUGUACAGAGCAAACUUGACUAACAACUGCUGAAAGCACAAACACACAACGCGUUUCGACAAGUCUUCUCGAGAGUGACAUGCAGUCUCUGGUACCCCCUUCUUUUGGGGACAUAAAUGGUUCUACUGUAGUCUUAACUUAUAGGCAUGUAUAUACCUGAAGUGGCAAGCUUUCAAGUAGUUAUGCUGUGUAUGAAGAUAUAUGUAUGUUUGUGCUGUGUAUAUGGUCCUUCCGCUUUUUGUUUCCAGUUUAGUUCCCUUCUCCGCCGAAGCCAUGUAAAUGUUAACGCUUAUGCUUGGUCAACUGAAAUCCUAAUGUUUUCUCUCCUCUUUCCAGGUGUGGCGAGAUCGGCCAUGUGGCUGUGCAGUGCAGCAAAGCCAGUGAGGUGAACUGCUACAAAUGUGGCAACACCGGCCACCUGGCGAAAGAGUGCACCAUCGAAGCCACCGCAUAAUCAGUGCCCUUUGUUGCCCCUCCUAUUUUUUCUGAUUGAUGGUUGGUUGUAUUAUUUUUCUCUGAAGCCUCUUCACUGGCCAAAGGUUGGCUGACAGAGGCUAGUCCCGGGCCAGUGAGCCUCUCAACAUGUAAUAUGAAGAAAGGGGUGGGAAAAAAAAAUAUCUUUCUGCAUUCAAUACAAAAAAUGUUUGUUUAGUUUGGUAGCGGUGUUAUGUAUAAUGCUUUGUUAAAGAAUCCCCCUUUCCAAGCCACUGGUGAACAGAGAUGAAUGAAUGGGACUAAAUAUAUGGGAUAUAGAGGACCUCUGGGCUUGUGGAAAGCGAGUCUCAGUAAGAAGGGAGUAAAAAGAAACCUGAACUUCCAUGUAUGGUUAUUUUUGGUUUGUUUUAGUGGGAUAACAUAUGAGUUGGCCAAGAGAGUAUGACAUGGGAAACAGUUCACAACAUAUGAGCCGUUUGCAUCUGGGCCCUACAAGCAGCAAAGUGCCGGGCGAUAACAAACUGCAUGUUAUAUCGAUAAAUGCCAUUACAUUUUGGAAGAAUUUAAAGAAUCUACUGUUCUUUUAUAAAAAGAAAUCUGUUUACAAUUUAAAGGAGUAUCAGUAAAUAGACCAAGGUAGACGUUUCCCCAAAAAUUAUUUUGGAAACUUACCUUGGAACAAUUAGCAUCAAAAACAGUUGUCAGAUCAUCAGAAUUAGCAGUUAUUUGGGAAUGGAGAAUGUUUUCACAGAAAUCAAAUGUUAUUUUUGUACAAUAUCACUUAGACUACUGUAAAAA